AUGGGGAACUUUGAUGAACCACCGAGUGGUUCGAUGUGUUUUCCUCCAAAGUUUGCUCGUUCAGUUCCAUACCUAAUUGAUCGGGAGGUUUAUUUGGAGGACUCAUGUGGACGACGAUGGAUGGCAACAGUGUGCAACUAUAAUGGUUCACUUGCUAUCCGACAGGGAUGGGCCAAAUUUUCAGCUGAGCAUGAUCUCAAAGUGGGUGAUUUUUUGCUUUUCCAUUAUGUUUCGGAUGAUCGCCACUUCAUUGUUCAAAUAUUCGGAACAAGUGGUUGUGAAAAGAUCAAAUUCAGUAGUGAUAUUGGCAAAGGAAAACCAAAUGAAAGGACUUAUCAGGAAAUAACUACCAAAGAAGAAUCUCAAUCUGCUAGUUCAAAUAUAACUUUAGAUCAACAACAUGUCUUUGAUAAUCCCACAAGUAAUCCUACUUUGGAAUUAGAGAAACUGUUUUGA